ACAGCAGAAUAAAAUGUGGCCAUUUUGUUUUAGGAACUAAGAAGAUGGAAUAUAAAACAAGGCAGUGGCACGAGAAGUGUUUCUGUUGUAACGUCUGUAAAACUCCCAUUGGAACCCAGAGCUUCAUUCCGAGGGAGCAGGAAAUUUACUGCGCCAAGUGCUACGAGGAUAAGUACGCCACUCGUUGCAUCAAGUGCAAUAAGGUGAUUACAAGCGGAGGUGUAACUUACAAGAACGAACCGUGGCAUAGAGAAUGCUUCACGUGCACCAACUGCAAUACCAGCUUGGCCGGCGCUCGCUUUACCAGUCGAGAUGACAAGCCGUACUGCGCCGAAUGUUUCGGCGAACUGUUUGCUAAGAGAUGCACGUCUUGUAAUAAGCCAAUUACUGGUAUCGGAGGUACGAAGUUUAUAUCGUUCGAGGACAGGCAUUGGCACAACGAUUGCUUUUAUUGCGCCAAUUGCCGUACGAGCCUUGUCGGACGUGGUUUUAUUACUGAUGCGGAUGAUAUUAUAUGUCCCGAUUGUGCUAAGAAAAAUUUCAUGUAAUUUUUUUAUUUCUUCACGCUUCAUUUUCAAUUAGCUUUACUUUCGUUUUAGCAAUAUUUAAAUCUUAAUUUAUGAGGAGGUAAUUUUAUCAAUUAUAAGUGGGUUUAGAAUGUGAUGUUCACUAUGUGUCAUAAUUUAUUAACAUUCGCUUAUAUAAUCUUGUAUUCUAUCAUUAAAUAUUAAUUUCAAAGGUCACCCGGCAAUAAUUUUUUAACAUUUAACUAAAGACCUUUAAUUUAGCAAAAUUGUACUCAUAUAUUGUUAAUGUUAUGGAAAUGUACAUUUCGAAUGUGUGGCCUUAAAUUUGGAAUAACUAGAAACCUACCACGUUUCGUAGGUUGUGUGCCUCUAGUAGUUUUAACUUCAUCUAAAUCUGGUUAACUACCUGGUUAAUGUAGAUAAAAAAGCAAGUGUAUACAGCUUAAAGGCAUUUAUUGAGCUAAUUUGGUGCUACAUGAGUAGUUAGAAUGUUUAGUUUACAUACAAUAUUGAAUGUUAUUUUUUAAUAGUUUAAUCGUAUUUGCGAAUUUUAAAUGAUAUCUAAUACAUAUGUAAGCUUCAUUAAAUUAUUUAUAAUA